CUACCUUUCACCGAAAAGUGUAAGCACACCUGCAACAUUCUUGACUUUAGAUUAGGCAAAUUAUAAACACUCAUUAAAGGUUAUUUCAAACUCAUCACUACUCCUUAAUCCUCUGCAUGGGUUCAUGUGACUUUCACCUCACUCCACCUUUCUCUUUCUACAUAGCUAUAGGGAGAAAAAACAAAGGCAGAAAGGCGUCCUUAAACAACCUGUCACCACAAGAAUAAUAAACUCGCUUCUGCUUCGUAACUGACAAGAGAUGGGUUGUUAAAACAGUUAGAUUCUUGCGAGAGAGACACUUGUUAGUGGGGUUGGUGUGGAAAACACAAGUUUCAGACUGAAAACUAAGGCUGAACUGCCAGAUUUUUGAAGAGGAGAUGGGUGUUGUCACUGUUGGUGAAUUGAAGCCAAGUAUAUCAGGGAAGAGAUCUUUUCGUCCAAGCUCCAGUAUAAGGCAUGCCACUGAAUGGCCGAUUUCUGAUGUCUCUAGUGACCUUACUAUUGAAGUUGGAGCAUCAAGCUUUGCACUUCACAAGUUCCCUCUAGUUUCUCGAAGUGGAAGGAUCCGUAAAUUGUUGUUGGAAGCAAAAGAUUCAAAAAUUUCACGCGUUAAUCUGUCAGCUGUUCCCGGUGGACCAGAGGCAUUUGAGCUUGCUGCAAAGUUCUGCUAUGGAGUAAAUGUUGACAUUACAUUGUCAAAUGUUGCAAUGCUACGUUGUGCAGCCCAUUUCCUGGAAAUGACAGAAGAUUUUGCGGAGAAAAACUUGGAGACUCGAGCCGAAGCUUAUCUAAAGGAGAUGGUGUUCUCUAACAUAUCAAACUCAAUAUCCAUUCUUCACUCUUGUGAAAGCCUCUUGCCCGUAUCGGAAGAGAUUAACCUUGUUAACAGGCUCAUUAACGCAAUUGCAAAUAAUGCGUGUAAAGAGCAGCUCACCUCCGGCUUGUUAAAGCUUGACCAUAACUUCCCUUCAAAACAUGCCCCAAACACUGAACCAGAAACACCAGCUGAUUGGUGGGGAAAGUCUCUUGCAGUGCUUAAUCUGGAUUUCUUCCAACGGGUUCUAUCUGCCGUAAAGUCAAAAGGUCUAAAACAGGAUAUGAUCAGCAAAAUUUUAAUAAACUAUGCUCAUAAUUCUGUUCAGGGUCUUGUCAGGGAUCCUCAUCUAGUCAAAGGAAGUCUGUUGGAUUUGGAGUUGCAGAAGGAACAAAGGGUCAUUGUUGAAGCAAUAGUUGGCUUACUACCAACUCAAUCAAGGAAGAGUCCAGUUCCAAUGGCAUUUCUUUCAAGUUUGUUGAAAACAGCAAUAACAGCAUCGGCAACUACUUCUUGCAGAUCCGAUUUAGAGAGGCGUAUUGGUCUUCAACUGGAUCAGGCAAUUCUUGAAGACAUCCUUAUCCCAGCCAAUUCACACGGAAACAACCACAGCACUAUUUAUGAUACAGAUUCCAUCUUGAGGAUCUUCUCCAAUUUUUUGAAGUUGGAUGAAGAUGACGAUGAAGAUAAUCAUAUGAGAGAUGAAAGUGAAAUGGUUUAUGAUUUCGACAGCCCUGGAUCUCCUAAACAAAGUUCAAUUCUCAAGGUGUCCAAGUUAUUGGACAAUUAUCUUGCAGAAGUUGCACUAGACUCCAACUUGAUGCCAUCAAAGUUCAUAGCAUUAGCGGAACUACUUCCAGAUCAUGCUCGAAUAGUAAGCGAUGGAUUAUACAGAGCAGUGGAUAUCUUCCUCAAAGUUCAUCCAAAUAUUAAGGACUCUGAACGCUACCGACUCUGCAAAACAAUAGACUGUCAGAAACUAUCACAAGAAGCCUGCAGUCAUGCAGCACAAAAUGAAAGGUUACCAGUGCAAAUGGCAGUUCAAGUGCUAUACUUUGAACAAAUCAGGCUUCGAAAUGCAAUGAGUGGAGGGCACAAUCAGUUCUUCUUUGGUUCAAUAAACAGUCAAUUCCCUCAACGUUCAAGCAGUGGAGCAGGAAGUGGAGCCAUUUCUCCAAGAGAUAAUUAUGCAUCAGUGAGAAGAGAGAACCGAGAACUAAAGCUUGAAGUUGCAAGAAUGAGAAUGAGGCUAACCGACCUAGAAAAGGACCAUGUGUCAAUGAAACAAGAGCUAGUACGAUCCCAUCCUGCAAAUAAGCUAUUCAAAUCCUUGACCAAAAAAUUAGGCAAGCUGAAUGCCCUAUUCAAGAUCAAUGGUAUGAAGCCAAUAGGAGGAAAGGCAAAUUCAGAAAAUCGAUUCUUGUUUCAGAAGCGAUGGCGCCACUCUGUGUCAUAACUGUGUAAUAGUGUGAAUAAGUAAAAGAGUGUAUAGUAUUAUAUCUAGUGUGAUUGCAUUAGUUUUUUGAGUGUUGAUUCUGGGUUGCCCUGUUCUGUGAGAUCAUCAUUGCAUUUGACAUUUUGAACUAGUCUUGAGGAAGGCAGUACUGAAUCAAACUUGUAUGUUUAUGUCUGGUCGUAAGUGUGACAAGUAUUAGAAAGUUGGAAGUAUAGUUUAACAAUCUUUCAUACCUCUCUCUUCAUAUCAUCUACUUUUGUAUGUUGAACGAAUCUCCAACUCCAAUUAUAAAA